GAGAGAGAAGAAUGCGGGAUGCAUGGAAAUGGACGGAUGCAUAGCUGGGAGGCCGGGAGUGCAAAGGACUGCCCUCGGCUCUCAUCUCUCAUCUCUGCGUGCAUGAAGCUGCAGAGAACAAAGCAUGUCAGCGAUACCCAAGAAGGGCCGAGCGCACCUUGAAACUCGUUCGCGACGCGAGGUGUGUGGCUUGAUGUGCAUUGUUCAUUGUGCAGAUCAACUUCAGCUUCACUCACCGGUCGACAGUCGAACGCUGUGCUGUAGUCAGAGGACUGAUUGAUGGUUGACGGCAGACAUAUGCCGGGAGUGGCGAACGCGCCGAAGGUGGGGCCAGAACGGCAGCUACCUUUCCCUCGCUACCACACAGCACAGCACGAUGCAUACCCGAACCAAAUACGUCCCUAGUGAACCCCGGGGAAUGGCUAGCGGGGCCAAAUCACUGGAUCAGGCUCCCCGGUGGGCAGCAGGAGCGUCAUCCAGGGAGCCAGGGAAACGGGAUCACUUUUUUCUGUGCGCGUGAUGGCGAUUAGCAUAUUCUCGCUGCGUCGAUCCUUUGACGUAUUCCAAGAGUACGCCGCCUCUCUUAUCUCCUCAUUCCCUUCAUCGACUCUUCUAUCGCCACUCUCCCACUCAACACACCCGACUACGCGUACAAAGACGGAAAGAGAAGCAUACCACUUUACGUGCUUGGACAUACCUCCACCUCGAUUUGGAGAACAAAGGAGAAUUCGACAAGGGGUCAUUUUUGAUACUCCGAGACAUCUUUCUCGUUGUUUUUUCUUGGCUUCGUGCCGCCCCGCAAGCCCCACAGCCCGCAGGCCACAGGCUAGACGUUAGAAACGACAGCGCAACGCGCCGACUCUUUCAAUUGUCUAUUCUACGGUUAACGGCUUUUCAUUCGAACAACGGACAUCUCGUGUGGUUCGGUGGACGACCAGUCUUUCUGCUCGCAAUUGGUCAUCGACCAUCCAGUAAUCAACUCCCCUUCCCUCUUCUUCUGCCCCAUCCUACCCUAUUCAAUCAGUCAUCCCGCCAACGCCAUCCACAAUGUCUUUUCACCCUGACCAACCCCCACUCCCUCCAGCCCCUACCGCCCCGACCUCAGGAGGACGCUCAAACGCCGCUCCACUCAACAUCCUCGUCCUCCUCCCUUCUGCCGUGGCUCUAUCACCGACAUCAACAUCACCGGGGCCUGUGGAUACUCUUCGGCCUACGCGUCCGGGUCAGAGCCCUGUGGGAGGCGGAGGGUUGAUGAGUCGGUCGUCGAGUUCGAAAGUACCGACGUUAUCGAGCUUGCGCGAAUCGGCGUCGGCUUCUACCUCUGCUUCUGAAAAACGAGGUGCCGAGGUAGGAUCUGGAGGAGAAAACGGAGCCGGGGGCACACCAGCAGCGGUGAAAAAGGUCAAAAGCAGCUCAAAGGUGGGAGAGGAGAUCCAAAAACAGAUCAUUGCUGGGCGGCGACUGAGUUUAGGAUCAGGCCUAGGAGCGGGGGUCGUCCCUCCCUCUCUGGGCGUUGGGUCAAGUGGUGGAGCGGCAGGGAAAGCGGGCGAACUGUCAAUUAACGUCCAUCCGCCUUCAUCGUUCCUCCACUCCCACGCCCCGGGCCAAGGUCCGAGUCACAAACCACUCCUCUCCCCUCUCCUUUCGCCCACAGCGACAUCCCCCGGAUCUACCCCCGCCCAGGGAUCUUCCGUCUCUGGCUUUGUACCACCCCAACCACCGACUCUGGCUGCUCCUCCAUUCGGCGCCAAGUCCCGGCCGUUCGGCUCUGCGUCCCUCUCUGGUGCUGCAGGGAGCCGAUCGCGCCGGCGCCCACAGACAGCCACCGGCGCCUCGGGUUUCGACCCUACCGCCCCAGGCGCCCCGGGGUUAUCCGGCAUAGCCCCGGGAUUGGUCGCUGGUACGGCGAGCGCGAGGGCGAGUUUGGCGGUGGCGAGCGGGGCGUCGAGUGCUUCGCGCCCUGGAGCGGGGUGGGAGGCUGAUGAGCUUGUUGGGAACCUGAGGGGAAGUGGUUUAGAAGUGACCGUCAUCCGCGCGCUGCCCCACCUCACCACCAUCCUCAACCCCCCAACCACCAGCACCGCCUUCACCCCCCACCCCAUCAUCACCCGCCCCACCGACGAGCCCCUGACCAACAUCAUCCUCGUCCCCCUCGCAGACGUCCCCUCCUUCCCCUCCCUCUCGCUCCUGACGAACCGCGGCACGACGCCGACGGCAGUGUGUUUUCAGCAGGAUAUAUUGAAUAGGGCGAGGAGGGCGGAGGACAAGUGGUUGCAGGGUGCUUUGGCGCAGAUCAGGAGGGUGGGGGAGAUGGUGCCGCCGGAUACCAAUACCACAGAAGAAGCGGAGCAGGGCAAGGGGCAACCGUUGAUCAUGGCAUACAGCGCCAACCCAGCGUUAUCCCAAAACGCCAUCUCCGCAUGUCUCUCUGCCGGCGCUAUCGGUGUCCUCCGCCCGCCUUAUGGCCCUGAUACAGCAAGUACGGUGAGACGGAUGGCAGAGUCGUAUAAAGACGGCGGGGCGGUGGAUGUACAAUCACCGGGCCAUUCUGCUUCUCCCGCGGUGGGUGGCGGGGCGGAGAGUGUACAUUCGAACCAUCGGUCGUCGUUUUCGGCGUCAGCCAUGUCGGGUGAAGAGAGGUCUGUCGUCCUCCCGCCGACGGCACUGUCCAUGGGCAUGGGCGGAGGGGAACAAGAGGGCGAAAGGGUGUUGAGCGCUGCGGUGGGCUCGUCCAGGAGGGGAUCGACGAGCUCUUGGCAUUGCGAUUCGAAACGUAAUUCUAUAUCGUUCGAACCGUCUUUGCCCGGGUCGGCGUCGAGGAAAGGGUCAGUCCAGUAUGGUGUCAAUUUUGCGUCGGACCCCUUUGGCUCGGCAUGUACAUGCGCGUCCCCCGCUCUUCUCGCCCAACACCCAAAGCUCACCCAAGACCCGCCCGCCCUGCUCACUUCAAAAGACCCCCUCCAAUCACCAGCGCCGACAGACGCUUUCCCGUACCUAUACGACCAAGCAACCGUCUUUUGCGCGAGCCACCCCGGGGGCCAGGGACAGCUGAAGCCGGAUCCGAGGAGGAGGAGUGUGGAUGUGGGUGGGCUGGCGUUGGCGAUCAAGAGGGCGAGUCGAAUGUAUGAUACGGCGGCGAUGGAGGGCGGGGUACCGGGUAUCGGUAUCGUAGCGCCGAAAUCGUUCUCUCUCAAUGCUCAUGCUGGAGCGGGGGACAAGCUGGGGCAGAUACAUGAAGGGUACUCGUUCCCUUCCGUAUCGCCCACCACCGACAUCACGGAUCGCAUAGACCAUAAAUCACCGACGAGUCCGGGGAUAUGGACAGAGACGAGUGCGGAGAAUGAUGCGUGGGGGAAAUAUACAGAGCUGGCAGAGUUGUUGAGUGCGUUGUAUUAUCAGACGGGGGCGACGGUUGAAGUGCAGAUGGAAGAGUAUGAGCUGCUGUCGAAACCUUUGACGAAAGAGGAGAGAGUCAGGUUGGUGGACAAGAUGGCGACGUGGGACUUUAAGCCGCAUGAUUUGGAAGAAGGCGAUCUUUACCGUGUCGCCUGUAUCUUGUUUGAGGGGGUUCUGAACACUGAAGGUCUAGCGCAUCUUGGCCUCGAACGAGAUAAAGUCAACCGCCUCCUCUACGCUCUUCGCGCAAUCUACCACGCCCCCAACCCAUACCACAACUACGUCCACGCCAUCGACGUGCUCCAAGCGACCUAUACAUUCCUGCUCGACAUUGGGGUCGUCCCGCCCUUUGACUAUCUGCGCGAGUGGCCGGAUAAGGACCAGGGGGAGAAGGAGGUUUGGACGAGGAUGAAGGAGGGAGGGGAGAGUCGGGGGACGAAGAGGGCGAGAGAGCUGAUUAGGCCGCAGGAUGUGUUGGCGGUGCUUGUUGCUGCUAUGGGGCAUGAUGUGGGACAUCCCGGGCUGAGUAAUGCUUUCAUGAAAAACGCCAAAGUACCGCUCUCACAAGUGUACGAAGACAAAUCCGUGCUCGAAAACAUGCACUGCAUGCUCGUCGUGCAGCUCUUGCGCAAGCACGGAUUCGGCUUUCUCAUCGAAUCCUCCACCCCGUCCUGCCUGGCCCGCGCGACCGAGAGCGGGAUCGACCAGAAAGGGUUUAGGAAGGUGCUCUAUUCGUCGAUAUUGGCGACGGAUAUGAGUCUGCAUUUUGCGUGGAUUGCGAGGUUGAAGGAGUUCGAUGAGCGGUUGAGGGAGGGCGUUGUGGGAGGGGAGGAGGAGGAGAGGGUGUUGAUUUGUCAGGCGUUGAUCAAGAGUGCAGAUAUCAGUAAUCCUAGCCGACCGAUAGACGUCUCGCAACACUGGUCAUCUGUGCUGCUCGAAGAAUGGGCCAAACAAGCCUCACUCGAACACGACCUCUCCCUCCCCGUCUCCGUCGUCGCCUCUGCCGACGCCGCCCUCCAAGCCAAAGGCCAAAUUGGGUUUAUCGACCUCUUCACCAAACCCCUCUUUGACGCCGUAUCCGACGCUCUCCCCGAACUGCAACGUUACGCCGAUAGCUGUGCCAACAAUCAAGCAGUGUGGAAGGCGAGGCUGGAUGCGUUGAUGGAGGAUGAUGAGGAAGAAGGGGAGGCGGCGAGGAUGGUGGUACAGCCCGUGAUUGAGGGGGCGAGUUUGGAUGGGCGGUUUAGGACGUUGUUCCCGUUAUUGUUGCCGUCAGCGUUACUUGCCAAUCUCAACAACAAGACGGCGGACGUUACACCCCGAUCGACUUCUCCCUUGCCUCCAUCUCCGUCUAAGCCGCUGUUAUCACCCUUCGCCCCGCCGACGCCGUCUACGUUCAGUUUCAGGUCGGAACAGAUCAAGGAGGGCACACCGGCGUCGCCGACGGCGAAUGUGAUGAGGGCAGUGUAUCACGGCAAGCUGGUGGAUCAGCCGACGAGGUCAAAGUUGACCAGCUGGUCAAGAGGGUUUGGGCAUGGGCAUGGGGGGAGUGGGAACUGGAACGAGGCGAGGAGGAUGUCGACGCCGGAAGUGUUGACGGGGAGAGAUCAGCUCUAGGCGUUUUAAGAGUGGGGUGUAGAUUGACGGGGAUUCAUGGACUGGUCUGGGAUUUGAGACCGGGACUGUUGAGCGUUGUAUGACUAGGCGACUCUUUCGUGGGUUUUGCAGGGUAUAUGUGUGAUAUCUGUAGCAUAUGUAACGGUCAGACUAGGAACAUGUAUGAGAAGCGUUAGUGUG